AUGACUCAUAGUAUAGACGGCGUGCUCGUGCGCAGCGCAAACCCGAUCCCCCACGCCUCCGCGACCUUGCAAUUCCUCCAGCGAAACUCAAUUCCCUUCAUUCUCCUGACGAAUGGCGGCGGGAAACACGAAUCCGAACGGGUCCAGGACCUCUCAUCCAAACUCUCCGUCUCGCUCGACACCUCGAUGUUCGUACAAUCGCACACACCCUUCGCCGCGCUACUCCACGGCGAAAACAGCCUGCGUCACAAAUGCAUCAUGGUAGUGGGCGGAGAGGGCGGACGCUGCCGCGCGGUCGCAGAGCAAUACGGCUUCACCAACGUCGUGACACCAGGUGACAUUUACGCGGCGCAUCCUGAGAUCUGGCCCUUCAGCAAGCCGUUCCAAGAGGACUACUACGCGGACUUUGCCCGUCCGCUGCCCCGGCCAAUUAACCCGGCCAAGCCAGAAGAAAGCCUCAAAAUCGACGCGGUGUUCGUCUACAAUGACCCACGCGACUGGGGCCUGGAUCUGCAGGUGAUUCUCGACGUGAUGCUGUCGCACGAGGGGAUCCUGGGAACUUACUCGGCGAAGAACGGCGACAUGUCCCUGCCCAACAAUGGAUACUUGCAAGAUGGCCAGCCAACAUUGUACUUCUCGAACCCCGAUCUGCUGUGGGCGGCGGACUACCAUUUGUCACGACUAGGACAGGGCAGCUUCCGCGAGUGUCUUGACGGAGUUUGGCGGGCAGUGACGGGCGGACGAGACCGUGGCGCCGAGCUGUAUAAAAAGGUAAUCGGUAAGCCGUUCGCAGAAACAUAUUCGUUUGCGGAGAGGCAGCUUUUGCGCCACCGCGAGGGGAUUUUCCACACAAAAACCAACCAACGGCCAUCGCCAGUAGUACCGCCACUAAAACGCGUCUACAUGAUCGGUGAUAAUCCUGAAAGCGAUAUUUGCGGCGCCAAUAGCUACGAUUCACCUCAUGGGGUUGAUUGGGUCAGCCUGCUGACGAGGACGGGCGUGUAUAGAGAUCGGCCUGGCCAUCGGCCCACGUGGGAACCGAGGGCGAUCGUAGACGAUGUCAAGGCCGCGGUGCACUACGCGUUGAAGGAUAGUAAUUGGCACCAGGUCCUGGAAUGA